UGCUGGGGGCACCGAGUCUUUGUGCUCUGCCGUAGCCGAGCAGCAAGGCGAGCGGGACCGUGCGCGCGUUUCUUGACAGCCCGUCCGACAUGGCCCACGAGCGGUGACUGUUUUGGGUUCAUUUCAAUGACGCGCGGACUCUUGGCACCAUAACGACUCGAUUUCCAAAUCCACGAUGCGCGAGUACAAAGUGGUGGUCCUGGGCAGCGGCGGGGUCGGGAAGUCCGCCCUCACCGUGCAGUUCGUCACCGGGACGUUCAUCGAGAAGUACGACCCGACCAUAGAGGAUUUCUACCGCAAGGAGAUCGAGGUGGACUCCUCGCCGUCGGUGCUGGAGAUCCUGGACACCGCCGGCACCGAGCAGUUCGCCUCCAUGCGGGACCUCUACAUCAAAAACGGCCAGGGGUUCAUACUGGUCUACAGCCUUGUCAACCAGCAGAGCUUCCAGGACAUAAAGCCGAUGAGGGAUCAGAUCAUAAGAGUGAAAAGGUACGAGAAGGUCCCCGUCAUCCUGGUGGGGAACAAGGUGGACCUGGAGAGCGAGAGGGAGGUCUCGGCCAGCGAGGGCCAGGCGCUGGCCGAGGAGUGGGGCUGCCCGUUCAUGGAGACGUCGGCCAAGAGCAAAACCAUGGUGGACGAACUGUUCGCUGAGAUUGUUCGGCAGAUGGACUUCGCCGCCCAGCCGGACAAGGAUGACCCCUGCUGCUCCUCUUGCAAUAUACAAUAGCCCCGGGGGCCUUGAGGGAAAACGGGCCAGGGAAAAGAGGUCUUCUUAGAGGAAGCUUCCACGACAACGCAGCAGAGAGAGACACACGCUCAGACAUGCACACGCCAAUUAAACGGAAGUUGAAUCCAUGGUUGAACGCAAUGGAUGUUAACUCUACGGAGCAUACAAUCUGCAGUGACAUGAUUAAUAAUGACGACAUGUGAGUAAUGAAUAUGUUUUGAAUGAGGAAUGCUGCAAGAGAAAUUGACAACAACAACAAAGGAACAUGCCCUCGCCUUAUUGACUCUCUUUAGUUGUUUGUUUGUAUCCUUUCAUCAGCAAAGAAUCCCCUGUCAGGAUCUCUACACUUAAACAAUGUGAUAAGAAUGAGUGGGUUUUUGUUUUUUUCCCAGGUUUCCCUAACCAUAACCACAAAACCAUGUUACCAUGAGUAGCUACUGUAAACUGACCCCUUAACAGAUUUCUGGGAUGUUUCAAGGAAGAGUGAUUUUAAUUUGCAGUAUGUCAAAUAUGAGUUUCUAUUCAUCAUAGGGCUGUACCAAAGAGGUGAAAUGAAAGCACCUCCACUGUCUUAUAUAUAUUUUUUCUUCCUCAGCCGUUAAACAAAAAAAACGAAUGGAGAGAAAAAGGCGGACGGGUCAGUGUCUUUCUUGAAACAUUAAAUUCUUCCCUUUUUCUUCUCACUUUUGAGAUUUAAUAGUAGGACUCUAGGACGUCUCUUACAGCAGACUGCAACAAAGAAGUCAACUUGUCAGUGUUUGAUUCUCUCUACGGACGACCGCUCCAAACUCCUCUCACAGCAUUUAAAGUGAAGCUGCCAACACUUGCCAUACGUAACAUGUCUCUUUUUAUUUCUCCUCCAGUGUCAGUCUGAACUGAGCUGCUCAGGAGUUUCAUUCCUUACGUGCCCAGUGUUCAAAUCCAUAGUAAGAACUAGUGACGACAAGAGGCCGUGAUCCUGAGAAUAAUAAAUGGUAGUGUAAAUAUUUUGUAUUGAAAGUGCCAGCUCCUGUGAAGACACUGACUCAACACGUGGAAUUGUCAACUGUAUGCAUGGCUAGUAAACAAAAACAAAAAAAGGACUCUAAUCGUUUGAGAUUAACAUAGGCUGUGGAAACGUGCAAACCGAACACACACACGUCUGGAUCCGGACAUUGUCUCAACUGUACAUCCACGAUGCCGCGGGAACCUGACUCUCCCAGUGUGACCAUUUUUAUUGUUGAUUUUAUAUUUUUUUAUGUGACCAUUUACUCUUUAUUCCCUCUCUGAAUGGUGACACUGUUACAUUUGACACCUAAACAAUAAAAGUGCGUUAAACACUCAACCAAGGCUGCCAGGCUUAAAGUGAAGGAUGGACAUGUUCAUCUCUUUGUUCUGUGACUCAAACUGAUUAUUUUCCGCUGCUCUUUCUCAACACCUCACCCUGAUCAUGUGGAGAUUUCCUUUAUAUUUCACAGAGGCUUUACCAGAUUUGUUUGUAGCUUUUUCAGUGAAAAUAAAUUUACAUUUGGACAAAAUGUAACGAAAAGGCAACAGCAACAACAAUUACAAAGUAAGAAUACAAUUUAAUUAAAAGGAAUUUCCUAUGGUUGUCUG